UGACGAAUCAGACCUUUAGGACUUUUAUGGAUGAGCAGGAGUCACCUCCGCACCAAUCAGCCUUUAGAACAGCUUUUACCCGAGGGAGCCUCAUUGUGAGAUGACAAGGUGUUGAGCUUCAUGUCAUCUGGUUACGAAGUUGAGGUUAGUAAAAAUACCACGUCGGGGGUUGCAAGACUUGCGUGGUUUACUUUCACGUCACCCGCGAGUGAAAGCUCCACCUUCGGGCUGAGCCGGAGGCGGUGUGCGGACUGCGGUCUGGAGGCGCUCACAGGACGGCAUGAAUCCGGAGCGAGCGUUUCUUUCAUGUCUUUCUCGCUUCAUUCUUCGCUUUUCACUUUCAGCUUUACCCCCCGGACCACGUUUGAACAUGUUGUGUGGUGUUGUUCGAGGGACUUUCUCCGCGCGCCGUCCGGUCUGAGAUUUGAGUGAAACCCGGAGAGGAACUAAUGGACCGGACGGAGAGGAUGGCCGGCAGCGGCUCGGAUUCGCUCCGAGCGUCCGCUUUCAUCCCGGUGUGCACCGCCGCCUGCCUCCUGGUGGGCUCCACCUCGCUCUUCUUCGUUUUCACGUGAGUGACUCACCUUGUCUACCAGGGUAAAUCCGAGUUUUACUGUUGUGUGCAUUUUGACGCAUUUAUGACGUGAAGUAUAAUGUUUUUUUUCCCCUUUGGGCAUUACCUUUACAUUCCUUUUUUGUGGCGCAAACCAAUCCCCCUAUAGUGAGCAAUUGUACCCCCCCCCCCCCAAAAUUGGCUUUUAUAUAUGAAUUCCAUCAUAUAUGUGAAAAACAUGAACACAACUACUUUUCUGAAAAACUUUGAGUAUGAAAAUUCACUUGGCUUUAAUAUUAUUUAACACAUGCACAAGAUACACCAGCUAGCUUUUCUCAUUCCAAUUUUUUUUUAAGCCAUCCAAUUUUCAAAUGAGCAAAAGUAUUGGAACAUGUGCCCGAUGGGUGUUUCUACUGUGGGUUGGCUGUCAACAGGUCACGUCGAGGACUCGCUGCUAUGUAUCACACCUUUGACUGAUAAAACGCCUUCCCCACCGGCCCGUCGGAGCCCGCAUUUUUCUGCAAUACACGCUUUUGAACUGUGACGAUUCAUUCCUUGGAGGCUUUUUUUGACCUAUUUGUGGUGAGAGGUUGGAGAAAGUCCCCAUGGGGUGUGUGUAAACUAGUUUCGGGCUGAGCAUUUGGUACCUGAGUCCUCAAUGAUGACUUAUUCCGAUUUAAUCCACCGCUUAAUAGCGUCACUGUCACAUUACAAUUGUAGAACCCGUAAACACUAUACAAAAACAUAAUAUGACAAGAUGCAAUCGUACCACGUACAUCAUCUGGUGCAGUACAGAGUCAAGAUAUAUCUAUCUAGUAUGACAAAAAGAAAAAAAAUCAGAAUGAAUUCUCCCACUUCACCAGCUCAACUCAACAGUAAAACCUUUGAACUGCCCAACAGAGUACAUUCGGGCCUUUUUACAUCGAAAUGUGACAGCGGGUUGGCCACGCAGGGGGAUUAGGAUCUCGUCGAUGCCAUGUGAUCCCCCCCAUCUGGGAAAACUUGAGUCUUUGACUUUGGAAUGGUCCAGAUGCAGAUAUAAUUGCUUGAAGAUUUUUGUUUAAUCUGCUCAUACUCACGCACUCAAAUCCUUCCACCACCACCCCAGGCCCCUUUUUUCCGGACAGAUAUCUUUGUGUGAGAAAAGUGGGCUUGUAGGGUUAAUUUUUGGCUCUCUUGACUCUUCCUUGCCUUCUUCCUGCUUUUGUUCUGCAGUUCUUGAUUUAAAAAAAAAAAAUUAUGUAAUGCCACAUCCCUGCCAAAAUAAAAAGGAAAUAGAGAAGAUAACACAGUUUUAGGGCGCACACAGACACACACAUUCACACAUACUGUAUACACUUUGAAAGAUUUGGGUCAAAAAGGGAGCGACUGCUACUUGGGUAAAUUCCACCCAACGUUUUGGGUUUGGGUUUUCAACAAAACAAACCCCAAAAUUGAUUUGUUGUCUAAAAACACAAAACAAAUGGGUCAAAAUGAGCAUGUGUGUAAGUGUGUGUGUGUGUGUGUCUCCAGAUGGUACUUGAUGAGUUUUUAAAAAAUGUCAAUAAACCAUUGACACAUAUUUUUGCAGGAUAAUAAUGUAUGUUCUUUGAAAUAGCCGCUAAUAUUAACCGCACAAUGUACGUACGUGUGCGUGCGUGUGUGUGUGUCAUCCAACUGGCAGUGAUGUCAAUGUAAGAGUGACAGUAUUUGACCAAUUUGCAGUCCAACUGACUGUCUGCUGUGCCACUGACCCACUGCGGGGAUGAGGGUGACGUGAGCUGCUUAUACUGUGCGUGUGUGUGUGUGUGUGAGAGAGAUUUAAUUCUGCCGGCCAGGCUCUUUUCAUUAGGUGGCGUUUGUCUUGUUGGGGUAAUGAAGUGUCCUUCUCCGUGGUCCAGAUGGUCUCCGGGUGGGCCCAGGGUCGUCCGUCCGUCCUCAUUGUAAUCUGGUCCUCAAGAAAUCAGUCCAGUGAUUUGUCACAUGGGCGCGACAAGAUCCAAUUAGGAUAUCCGGCGGUGCCGGCGAUCAACUGAGGAUUCCACAAUCGACUGUCAGAAAGGGCCUGUAAUCCAGAGUUGAUAAUCCGGUUGGGGGGUUGCGGGGGGGGGGGGGAUUAGUGGGUUUGCAUCUGGCAUGGCAUCAGCAAUGGGGACCCCUCCCCCACUGCUUUACCCCACCAUUACUCACUCCACCACCCACAUAUCACCCAUGCUCACUUGUGCUUGAUGCAGCGCUACUCACUAAACAGUACGGAAACUUUUAUGAGUGUACUUGUCAUUUUGAAUAUUUUUGAUGAAGUUCAUUCAUCUCAAUCUGCAUGAUGAACAUUCCCGGAGGUCCUUUCGUAUUCCCAUUGUGUAACCUGAUUACUCAGAUCCGCCAUAUAAUCUCACAAGGCGGUGACAUCAUCAAAGCACCGUGCACUUUCAUGUCCACGGCACAAUAAAACAGCAGGCAAUACCGUACACUAUUGUUUUCCUUAUUUUGAAUCUGUGACCAUUUAAGACAUAAAAGCACCACAAUAAGCAAUUAGCAUAUAAUCAACAGAUUAAUCUCCAGUGAAAAUAAUUGUGUCGCCGCACCCGGAGGGACCCCAGUCCCUUGGUAAUCCUCCUGAUGUGGGAGCAGUGAUGAACAUGCAGUAAUACUCGCUUAUCUUUCACUGUAAACAAUUACUUUUGGGAUCCGGCGCUGCUGCCGUGGGAAUAAACGGGAUGAAGAUUAUCCCCCUUUAAAGUCUGUUGUGUGUGGACCUGAUUUGCGUUAACCUCAACCUGAGCGGGGAUGGAUACACAUGAAGCACACUUUUGUCAACACACCGUGCGGGGAAAUUAUUUUUAUUUGGGCCGGAUAGCGUGUUGGAUUCUGGCGGGGAAAAAAGCACUUCCGUGUCAACCAGUUUUGUAUCCCGAUGUUUGUUUAUUGCGGUGCAUGUCUUGAAAAUUUGGGCAAAGUCUGCUUGAUUUAACUUUUUCCAUAGUGUGCCGAAUGGAGCAAAAAUAACAUCAAUUUUUACUUGUGUUGUGCUGAACAUUGUAUGUUUAAUGCGGUGCAUGGUUUAAAAAAAAAAUAGAAUGAGAUUGCCUGUCCAAACUUUGUUUCACUUUUGGCUGUAUCGCGUGCUGGAUGCAGUUAAAACACUUUGAUAUUUGUCACUUUUGUGAUUUUCAUCUUCGUUUUGUGACAAGUUAAAACAUAUUUUGAUGAUCUCAAGGUGCCCAAUACCCUGGUCAAAGUGUUUUAGGAUUAAAUGAGGCGUGCAAUGUGGCUUUAAACGAUGGCGCAAGGCUAGCUGUCCAACCAUUGUCCAUCAUGCGCUGGAUUCAGCAAAAAGGAAAAUCACUUGUAUCCUGGAGAAAAUCUAAUAAAUAAAUAAAAUUAAACAGCUGGGCAAAUGAUUCUUAUUUUUUGUGUGAAUUUGCAGAUGCCCGUGGCUGGCAGUGUCCAUCUGCCCUGCCGUGCCGCCGUGCUGCGCCGUCCUUUUCCUUUUUGUGUUGGCCAACUUCACCAUGGCGACGUUUAUGGACGCUGGCAUCCUUCCGAUGGCCAGCGACGAUGAAGACAAGGACGACGAGUUCCGCGCGCCCCUCUACAAGAACGUGGACGUGAGGGGCAUCCAAGUACGGAUGAAGUGGUGUGCUUCCUGUCACUUCUACAGGCCGCCGCGAUGCUCGCACUGCAGCGUAUGCGAUCGCUGCGUGGAGGAUUUUGACCACCACUGCCCGUGGGUUAACAACUGCAUCGGGCGGCGCAACUACCGCUACUUCUUCCUCUUCCUGUUGUCCCUCACCAGUCACAUGGUUUGCGUGUUCAGCCUGGGCCUCGUCUUCGUGCUUCACCACACCGACCAGCUGUGGAAGCUGCACUGCACCGUCACUUUGGUCGUGAUCAGCAUAUCGGGCCUGUUUCUCCUUCCCGUUCUGGGUUUGACGGGCUUCCAUCUAUUCCUGGUGUCGCGGGGACGCACCACCAAUGAACAAGUCACGGGGAAAUUUCAGGGAGGAGCCAAUCCAUUCACUCGAGGUUGCUGUAACAAUCUGGAGUACCUGGUGUGCAGUCCCAUUUCUCCGAGGUACUCGGCCAGGCCUCGCAAGAAGUCUGUGAUCCACAUUCAGCCUCCCUUCCUGAGACCGGAGCUUGACAGGCAGCUGUCCGUCAAAGUGAGCGACAACGGCAAACACAGCAGAGCCUCCGCCGGACCAGAUCCUCAGAAAAGUCCGCCCCCGUUGCCGCCCAAACCAGAACACGGGCUGCUGAAAAGUCACCUCGCCGUCAUGGAAGAGAUGGGUCACCACACCAAAUCUAUCAUCCCCGUCUCCAUUCCCACUGUGCCUCAGCUGCGACCAGUCCUGGAGGCGAUAUCCCGAGGAUCGUCGCCCAUUCCUCCGGAGCAGCUGCUGAAGACCUCAGAGCCAGCGGGAGACAGCAAAGGUCCGGACCUCCGCUUGGACACCAAUGGAAGCCCCUUGAAGGGAGUCUUGCCCCCUUCCUUGUCUCCCUUGCAGACUGCGACCCUCUCCGGGGCCAUGACGCUCAGCUCGCGAUCGCUCAGCCUGAAACACGGCGGCCGCCACAUGAUGUCCAAGUCGCAGGCCAACAACAGCGGCGGCAGUAGCAGUUCUUACGACAACCUCGUCUCCACGGCAGACCCCCAGGGUCACCCCCACAGAGGAGCGCCCGCAGUGGGCUACUUCAUGGGCCUAGGUCCGGAUGUCAGCGCGGUGCAGCGUGGCCCUCACACUUACAGCCCAGUCUUUGUGGGCGUCGCCCGGCAAUCUCCUCAAACCAGAGAGUUGUCGCCUUCGCUGCAGGGUCUCUCGUCCCGAGACCCCUCCCCUUCAUUCCCGGGGUUCAUGCAAAGAGAGCCUUCGGCUGCUUUUCACGGCCUCAUGUCCAGGGAUCUCACUCCAUCGGGUCUGCCCAUGAAGACCCAAAGUCUUCGAGACAGCCUGCGGGAUGUGAGUUUGACUCCUCAGAAGUCCGCCACACCCGCCGCGUCGUCCCGUUUCGAUGGCCUCUCCAAAGCUCUCAUCGCAUCCAUUCACGAGCAGCGCGAGAUAGAAGAGAGGGAGCGUAUGCUUCGCUUUCACAUUCCAUCCCAAGCCCUGUACGGACCGGACGCCUGCGUUUACGACAUUCCCUGCCGGCGCAGUCUACCGCCGGACCCCGGACGACCGCAGGGUAUCCGGGGACCCACCCCACCGGCGUACGGCUCCCGGGAGUUCCUCAUGAGCACUGGCGUUCUGGGUUACGGCCACAGGACGUCACCCCUCUCCGGCUCGUCCACAUCAUCGCUCGCCCGAGGACCCAAAGCGCGCUCCUCCUCGCCAGGCCGCUGCCCCUCCGAAAGACCGCCAAUCUCUCCCGCCACAUGCACUCUACCCCGUUUACCCUCCUCCUCCACUCCUCCUUAUGCACUCUAUGGGACAACAAAACGCUCCUCGCUCACCACCUCCUCCGAGGGGAAGGACUCGUGAGUCGCGGGUCCUCUCGCCCCGGGAGCUGUAAAGCACAGCAGUACCUGAAUUUGCAAGUUUAUUUCGUUCUGUUACCAAGCUCGUGACAUCAAUCGCCCUGAAAACAACGCGUUCCAUUGAAAUGAAUGGAGAACUGCAGAAAUUAAAUGAAUCCUUUCCAGGUUCCUGCCCAAAAAAAGGUUUCUUCAAUCAAUCAUCUGUGCAGUAUUUGUUGUACGUGAAGAAAGAGCAUCAGAUAAUGUGUCAGUUUGACUGUAAAAAGGUUAUUCACUGGAUAAAAAUAACCCCAAAACCCUUUAAUGUGUGCGCCUUCAAUACAGAGAGAAUACAAUCUUUUUUUAAUGUGUUUUGAUAUUGCUUUUUUUUCGGUUGUCUCCCAAUCCAUACACAUUGAUAGUUGUUUAUAUGAAUAAUAAAAAUAUUUUGUAACUGA